GGAUGUCAUACUAAUUUCCUCUUUUCCUCAAACUCCAAAUCCGUGCUCUGCAUCUCCUUCCUCAGUUCCUCUUCUCAAAACCCUCCCAGAAAAGCAGCAUCUUAUGCUUGUAGUUGUAGUCGGAGGCACCUGUGCCCACCAACUCUCCGUCUCUGCUGCUAUUCUCGACGGGUCAAAGGUUCCCUAUAAUUGCUAAAUUCCUGGGUCCGCCACCGGUUGCAGUUAUUAUUAUGGGAGAACAAAGAAGUUUGAAGAUUCAGUUAAUUUGGCAUUCCUAAGAUCAAUUACCGCGCCUCAAAAGAAAUGUGGACCAAUAUUUUCAGAAUCGGAGGGCUUCAACAAUUAUCAUGGUUCCAGUUUCUUCCAAAUGAAUCAGAUGUAACCUCGUCUUUACCUGAUAAAAGGGAUGGUGCGGCAUUUGAACUUCUCUCCUCACAUCUUCAGCUGCAGAAGGAUGGAUUUCUCAGCACUUGGACUAACUCCUUUGUGGGUCCUUGGGAUCCUUCUCAGGGAACUCAUAACCCCGAUGAGAAAAUUAAGCUCUGGCUUUUUCUUCCUGGCCGCCAUUCCUCCGUUUCUGAAACUGCUCAAGCUGCAGUAUCUAGAUUAAGAGUUGUUGCCUCUGGACUCUGGAUUUCUCCCGGCGAUUCCGAAGAGGUCACAACUGCUUUGUCACAGGCUCUGAAAAAUCGGAUUGAGAGAGCACUUAUUGGUCUCUCGUACGUAAGAUACGGUGAUGUGUUUUCAAGAUAUCGACCCUUUUCACAAAGUGAAGAACUCUUCAGGAAAGGACAACCGACUAUUGAAUUUGUCUUUGCUGCUAGUGAAGAUGCCAUCUUUGUGCACGCUAUAUUAUCAGCGAAGCAUGUACGCACGCUUUCUGGUGGUGAUAUGGAGAAAGUGUUGAAGUUAUCCUCAAGUAGCCUUGGCCAGAGACUUCCUGAACAUUUUGAUAUGGCAGUCAUAGUCUCACCACAUGGAAUGCGUGGCAAGGUUACUGGGUGCUGUCCAAGUGAUCUCGUGAAGCAGGUGUUUGUCGGUCCUGGCACUUCAAGAACUUCAACUGGAUUAGUUGGUUUACCAAAUCCUGUUGCUCACACAUCUGGUGGCAAGUUGCGGGGGCAGAAUUACUACUUAGAAGUUACCCUUGGCUGCAGUACUUCUGGAAGUGAUAAGGUGAAUCUGCAUACUUCAAACACCAACAAGUCCAAUCAACCAACAUCUGGAUCUCCCUCUUCUGUGAAAGGCAACCAGAAAGUAUCAACAGGCGAUGCUUCUUUUUGUGAAAAAACUUUCAUCUAUCCCUCUGAGGCGGUUCUUGUUCCAGUUUUACAAACCUCUUAUGCAAGAUCUUCUUUAAAAAGGUUUUGGCUACCAAAUUGGACUGGGCUGUCGUUGGCUGGUUCUACUCUCUUAACAAAUUGUUGUGGUUCUGAGACAGAUGACUUGGAUGAUUCUUGGUAUGAAUCUGACGGGAAUAGCUUGCAGCAUGGUUUAAACAGUAGCAGCAACAGCAAUAAUAGUAGCAUCAGCAGCAUAAGUAACAGCUCAAGUGAUAGUGACUGUAGAGCUAAGGCAACGUCCGGUGACCUUGAAGGUGAUGCUGAUUCAUUAACUGGUAGACAGUCAGGCCUAUCUUCUGUCCCCAUGGAGACAAAUGGCCUGAAACAGGGUUCAAAACGAUCUCGCACUGGAGCAGAUAGUGUGGUAAAUGCUCCUACACAAGAUUACAGCAAUUCAGGCAUCACGGGAGUUACAAACGAUCAAAUUGGAUCUGAGUGGGAGUGGGAUGAUGAUGAAAGAGGUGGGGGCAUGGAUAUACAAGCACUUCUCUCUGAGUUUGGUGAUUUUGGUGACUUCUUUGAAAAUGAUGCCUUGCCAUUUGGAGAGCCCCCAGGAACUGCAGAGUCUCAGACACUUGUGUUUUCUGGGCAAGAUUGUGGAGAUGGGGGUGGCAGUCCCUCGGGUACCCUAAUGGAUAUUCAGGAUGCGAUGCUUUUACCUGCAGGUUUCCAGAUGUUUGAAAGUUUUCAUUCACCCGCAACAGGCAUGGAGGAGUGUAUUAGUACUGACCAAGAUGCCACUAAAUGUACUUCGUCUGGUCUUGUGAACUUUGUACCAGCAGUUUCAAGUGGUGAAGUUGACCAUGUAAUAAAAGCUGAAGCAUUGUUGACUGUUGCCCCUGAAUAUGGAGCAGUUGAGGCCCCUUCAAGUGAGCUCUCCUCAACUGUCUUUAGAAGUCCAUAUCAACCAAAAUCUCAGAAAGCUGAGAGUUUGAAUUCAAGUGGGAGUAAUUAUAUUUAUGGGGCAACGCCACCUUCAUCCCCUGGCACUAAUGCAUGUGAAGAAAAUACUUGCUUGACUGCUGACUCUAGAAUACAUCCUGGGAAACACAAUAUUGGUUCUGUUCUCCAAAAAUUUUACACUCAGAUAGAGAGAGGUCAAACUCCAAUUGAUACGAAGUCUUUUAAGCAUAACAAUAAAGUAAUUUCAUCUGAAGGGGCAUCAUUGUCUCUGUAUUCUGGGUUCAACUCUGCUAGUUCUGCUAAAUCCGUUCAAAAUAUGAUAACUGAAGUUGCUAAAAGUGCCAAGCACCUCCUUCUAUCUCAACAAACAGUCCCUUCCGUCGAACUUGAGUGCCUUAUGUUCCAGGCUUUUCUGUGCAGGAUAAGACAUACAUUAUUGUCAUUUUGUAACCCUGCUUCUACUGCCUGGAAAAGAUCAAUAGGGAACAUAGGGAUGGGACAACUUCCUGGUGAUCCAAGCAGCACACUAGAAAAUUUUCCUUGUAAAUCUGAACUGAGGAAGAAGGAAUCCAUACCAGUUAGAAUCGCUGGUGAUUUUGAUGGGGGGAUGCUGGAUAGCCCGUUUGAUGCACCCAUGGGGGUUUGGCGCUCUGUUGGAACAUCAAAACCUGCAAAGCCUGCUAAUACACCUACUAUUGAGGUUUUUCCUUCUUCAUCUCAGCACAACUUUAGCGAGGAAACUAUGAUUUCAUAUCGAAAAAGACAGCCACUUCAAGAUUUUCUUGAUGCCAUGCCAUUGCUUGUCCAACAAGCUGCCUCUUUUGUCGAUGUUGCAUUUGAUGGUGAAUUUGUUGACGGGCCGUACAGCUGGCUUGCUUUACAAGAGCAGUGGAGGCGGGGAUUUUGUUGCGGGCCACAUAUGGCUCAUGCUGGUUGUGGUGGCGUUUUAGCGUCUUGCCAUUCCUUUGAUAUUGCUGGCGUGGAUCUGCUUGAUCCUGUUUCAGCUGAUGUUCAGGCAUCAUCAGUGAUAAGUUUGCUGCAAUCCGAUGUCAAAACAGCAUUGAAAUCUGCUUUUUGUAACGCAGAUGGUCCUUUAUUUGUCACAGAUUGGUGCAAAGGCCGAUCUCAUUCAGCAGAUGCAGGAACUAUGAUUGAAGCAUUAUCUGCUGAGUCCACUUUAAGCGAAUAUAGGGAUUCAUCUAACACUACAGUAAUAUCUAUGGGGUCCCCAGUAAGCCCGUCACAGUCCUCUGCUAGUAUGCCAUCUGGUUUGAGAGAAGGAAGCAAAGUGGAGGAUGCUUGUCAAAGAAGGUUAAGCCAUGAGCUCCGCAUGUCAGAGUCAGAGCUACAGUCUGGAUUGCAGAGGAGGCCUUCCUUGUUUGUGAUUCCAUCUUCUUCUAUCCUUGUUGGGUACCAAGAUGAUUGGCUUAAGACAUCAGCAAGCACUUUACAACUAUGGGAGAAGGUUCCACUUGAGCCAUAUGCUUUUCAAAAACACGUGUCUUAUUAUGUUGUCUGUCCAAAUGUCAAUCCCCUUACUUCGGGGGCUGCUGAUUUUUUUCAAGAACUUGGAAGUGUUUACGAGACGUGCAAAUUGGGGAGCCAUUCACCGCACACUGUUGGAAAUCAAAUGGAUGUAGAUUCAGGGAAGUGUCCAACUUCUGGUUUCAUUCUCCUCGAUGUCCCUCGAUCAAUGAAGGUAGAAAGUACAACAGCUACUGGUAUGGGAUCAAUAAGUGACUUUUAUCAUUCUUUAUCAAGUGGUUGGGAUCUUGCAAGCUAUCUCAGUUCUCUUGCAAAGGUUCUGAAAACCUUACAACUUGGGUCGAGCUUGGCUGCAAAUGCAAAAGAAGGAAAUAGUUGUCCUUGUACUGUGAUCUAUGUCGUGUGCCCGUUUCCUGAUCCGAAUGCUGUUCUUAAGACCAUUCUUGAAUCUUCAGUUGCUGUUUCUUCAGUAAUUUUCUCAUCGGAGAAUGGUAAGAGAGCUAUGUUGUGCAGUCAGGUUGGGAAAGCAUUAAGCCACGCAGCUGGUGUUGAUGAAGCUUCCAUAUCUAAUAUUCCCGCGCUUUCUGGCUUUAGUAUUCCGAGGAUAGUUCUGCAAAUUGUUCCCGUAGAUGCCAUUUUCCGAGUUACUAGUCCAAGUCUUAAUGAACUUGUGUUGCUCAAGGAAAUAGCUUUUACUGUUUACAACAAAGCUAGGCGUAUAUCACGAGGCUCCUCCAAUGAAUUCAUCCAAUCAUCGACCUUUUCUGGUAGAUCUUCAUCCAUGCUGGUGAACAUGGCUAAUCCGAUUCCGGGUAUGUGGAAAGACUGUGUUGGUUCUCGUUUCUCAGGUCCGUCCUUAUCAAGAGAAGGGGAGCUUGAUCCUGGUAUGAGAGCUGGAAACUGGGAUAAUUCAUGGCAAACUACAAGGGCCGGGGGGCUAAGUUGUGACCCAAACCGAAGUGGAGAUUCUUUCUUUCAAGAGGAGGCUCAUUACAUGUUUGAACCACUUUUUAUUUUGUCUGAACCGGGCUCUGUGGAGAAUGGGGUAUCCCCUAUGCCCAUUGGUGGUGUGGGUACAGAUGAUAGCAGUGGAGGAUUUGUGCAGAGUUCAACGCUAUGUGGGGAUACAGGACCCAGCUCCCAACUUGAUGGAACUGAAGGAGAUGGCUAUGGAUCUGGCUUACAAAAAUCGCCCCCAAGCCUGCAUUGCUGCUAUGGCUGGACUGAAGAUUGGCGUUGGCUAGUGUGCAUAUGGACUGAUUCAAGGGGAGAACUGCUGGACAAUCACACGUUCCCUUUUGGUGGAAUCAGUAGUAGACAAGAUACAAAGGGCAUGCAAAACCUCUUUGUCCAAGUUCUUCAACAAGGUUGCCAACUUCUGCAGGCCUGUACAGCUCCUGAUAAUGGUGCGGCAAGAGCAAGAGAUUUUGUAAUUACACGGAUUGGGUGCUUUUACGAGCUAGAAUGCCAAGAAUGGCAAAAGGCACUCUAUUCAAUUGGUGGAUCAGAAGUAAAGAAAUGGCCAUUGCAACUACGCCGAACUAGUCCAGACGGUAUACCAACAAGCAGUAACGGAGCUUCCCUGCAACAGCAGGAAGUUGAGAGAAGCUUACCUUCUUCACCCAAUCCAUUGUAUAAUCUCCACUCAAAAUCCUCUGGCUUUAUGAAAGGAGGCUUAGGACAAACUACUAUUAGAAAACAGCUUAUUGGUGGGCCAGCAGUUGUUGAUGGCUCAAGGGGAUCCCUGCAGUGGGUUCAGAGCAUUACCUUUGUUUCAGUAUCUGUGGAUCAUUCUUUGCAUCUUGUCUCUCAAGCUGAUGUUUCUACAGGUAGCAGUCAAGGUAAUGGCAUCACGGGUUCAUUGAAUUACCUUGAAGGAUUUACCCCUGUUAGGUCUCUCGGUUCUACACCAGCAUCUUACAUUUUGAUCCCUUCUCCAAGCAUGCAUUUUCUCACUCCUUCCCCACUUCAACUCCCAACAUGUCUUACCUCCGAAUCUCCCCCUCUAGCUCAUCUGCUUCACAGUAAAGGCUACGCGAUUCCACUUUCAACAGGUUUUGUUGUUUCCAAAGCUGUUCCAUCUCUUAAGAAAGUUGCCAAUAAUCUGAAAGGAGAAUGGCCUUCAGUUAUUUCAGUUAGUCUUGUUGAUUUCUAUGGUGGUUGUGGUGUUUCUACUGAUAAAAUGGGAAGAGCACUUCCUAAGCAGGCAGGAAGGGGUGUGGUUUCUGAUGCCGAGUAUGAGGUUGAGAUUCAUUCAAUUCUCGAAUCUGUUAUGGCUGAACUACAUGCCUUGUCAUGGAUGACUGUGAGCCCGGCAUAUUUGGAGAGACGUACUGCGUUACCCUUUCACUGUGACAUGGUAUUGAGACUCAGAAGGCUGCUGUAUUUUGCUGAGAAGGAAAUCUCGCAUCAGCCAGAAAGGUAACUAGUAUAAUUCUUGACAAAGUGACUAUUAAAUUCGGGCCGGCCCCAAGAAAUGUGGGUUUGGGCAGUCUCAAAUAUGCAUUUUUAGACCAAAGUCUAAGGUGGGCCCAAAAACCCAUUCUGGCUCGAAAGCCCGCACCAAAUUUACGGGGUUUGGGGCAUGAAUGUUAGUGUGACAGCCCGGUUCGGCCCGAAUUUUGAUCACCUUCUAGAUGUUAGCAUAGAAAUGUGAAUCUAGUAUCUUCAGAAGGGCUUGUUCGACUAAUCAGUAUUUUCUGUAUUAUCCUUCGACAUGUAAAGUCUAUGUAUAUUUAUCUCCUGGGGAUAAUAUUGAAUUUCCCCAUUGGCAGAUAAUCAUGUAGAAUAUUAAUCAAAGAAAACUAGCCGUAGGAAAGGGAGGUGUAUAAAGAGUAUACGAAAUUUAGGACACAAUUCUAAUCAAAUGACAAAGAUUGUUUCAAUGGAACGGGGUCUUCUUUUUCGUGUUUC